AUGCACGGGCUAUGUGCGCACGAGCAGGGCACGGUCGAUGACCUGGCGCACCUUGGCCCGGCCUUGUACGAGUGCAUGGCGCAUGUGAUCGAAGGAUCUUUUGAGAAGACUGACCGCAGCCUUAGGAAGAUCAGAAAGCUCGCCUCUUUAGUGGACGGGCCACUGCAGCGCCUGUCCAUGAUAAUCGCCGACAGCUUAGCCCGCCGCCUUCUAUGCCCCAUCCAGGGCUUUGCUGCUGCCCUUAUCGAUCCGUCUCGCUACCUCGAGCAGGCCUGCCUCCGGUCUGCCCGCGAGAACUUCGCCAGCAUCAGCCCCUACCUCAGCACUGGCUUUGUCACUAUUAACCGGGCUAUGCUGGAGCAAGUCCAGGAUCAAAAGGUUGUCCGAAUUGUUGACUUGUCCUGCUCAACCACCCACCCGUGGCAGUGGCUCAAGAUUCUUCACGAUUUCCAUGGCCGCCCUGGGGGCCCGCCCGAACUACGUUUAACUGUCGUCCAUGAAGACAGUGAGUUCCUGGACAACAUGCAGGCGCUCCUGUGUAGGCAAGCUGCUAACCUCAAGCUAUGCUUUUAUUUCGACAAGGUGAUUGGCAAACUCGAGACAUUGGACUUCAGCAAUCUCCGUGAGAUCCUGAAAAUAAACUUUGGUGAGGCGGUUGUGAUCAGCUGCGCUCUGCAGAUGCAUCGCCUCCUUGCGGUUGAUGACAGCGUAAGCCGCGACGGCAUUGCUCAGCUCCAGCAAAUGGCAAACAUGGCUCGGCUUAAGCAAAUGGCCUGCUCAGCAUGCAGUCCGGCAUCGACACUGAACUAUCCGCAGACACCAUCCCCUCAACGCCAGAUACCAAGCCUGCUGGUGAGCUUCCUCUCUGCCAUCCGUGCCCUUGAGCCGAAGAUCAUUGUGAUGAUGGAGCAAGACGCGGACCACAAUGCCCCGCUGUUCCACGAUCGGUUCACCAAGACAGUCGACUACUACGCCGCCCUCUUCGAUAGCCUCAAUGCGGUGGAUUCAGCCAGCCCGCAGAGGGCGCGCGUGGAGAGGGUGCUCCUUGGCGAGGAGAUAAAGAAUAUACUGGUAUGCGAGGGGGUCCAAAGGCUUGAGCGGCAUGAGAAGCUGAGCCAGUGGGAAAUGCACAUGCAGCGUUGCGAGGUUGACCAUGUGCCCCUCAGCUUUGAAGCCAUCAGGGAGGGCAAAGAGAGGCUGAUGAGCUACGGAUUGAAACAAUGCAAGAGCGAUGAAGACAAUGCCGACCUUCUGCUGUGCUGGGGUGCAACUCGUCUGUACUCCAUCUCAGCCUGGAGGCCACACAGCUCGAACGCGGCGCCAAAUAAAGUGGCUGUCUAGCGCAGUAGGUCUCCAAGUUCAUGGUGAUUUCUGGAGCUGCGGAGAAGAAGCUGGUGCUUAGGGUAUGCUUGAAUGGCAACUCAAAUUGAUUGGUGCGAAGCUUAGGUAUGUAGAGAUGAAAGUGAUGUGCUAUUUUCUGGAGAACUAUUACCAAACUGAUUUGAAUCGUCAGAGAUGCCGAUCCAUUCAUAAUACAUUCUUGGAUCCAUGUCCAUAUUGUCGUACGUUUACCCUGCCUUCAUCAAAAUUGGGUUUUCCAGUUUGGAUA